AAAAUACAUUAUCCCAAAUUUAUGUAUAAAUAAUCUAGUAAACAUUACGUGGGUGAGAUAGGGUGGAGGAAUGAGGCGGCAGUGAGAAGGGGACACUAAGUUCGGAAUACCACCUAUAGAGCUGUUCUUUUUCCUAUUUGCAUCGAGGAAAUCAUUGCCUUAAUUUUUAAGAAACUUAUUUUCCUUCGAAAAUUAUUAAAUCAAUCGAUCGAAUAUACAAAAAUUUGAAAUUCCCCCACUUACCAAAUACACCCUAAGCCUAAAUUUCUUCUACUUUUUCUAGCCCCUCCCCCUCCCUCCACCCCCAAAUCCCCCAAUAUAUAUAUAUUCCUCUAGUAGAAGCUUGUCAAACAUCUACAUAAAAAAUAAAAAAAAACCAACAAGAAUUCUCCUUUAACAACUAUAAAAUUUUAUAUCAACCAUAUAUAAGUUUUAUUUUUUUCUAUUUUUAUUGUUGCAAAAUAUGUAUUUUUAUAUAAAACUUGUAUGUUUAUUUGGUCUUUUUCUAGUGAGAGCUUUAGCCAAAGAUGUACCCUAUGAUGUCAAUUAUAAUAUUAUAUUUGGGAAUCAACAUGUUGUAUCCUUCAACCAAGGAAGAGAACUUCAGAUUUCAAUGGACAAAUCUUCUGGAUCUGGCUUUGGAUCUAAGGUGAAAUAUGGUUCAGGCUUCUUUCACAUGAAAAUAAAGCUACCAAACAAAGACUCUGCAGGAGUUGUUAUUGCUUUUUAUCUACAUUCAAAUACGAUUAAUCAUGAUGAAAUAGAUUUUGAGUUUUUGGGCAAUAAAGAAGGCAAACCAUAUACUUUGCAUACAAAUGUGUUUGCAAAUGGUGAAGGAAAUAAAGAACAAAGGAUGCAUCUUUGGUUUGAUCCAACUGCAGAUUUUCACAACUAUAAAAUCAUGUGGAAUGAACAUCAAAUAGUGUUUUAUGUGGACAAUAUUCCAAUUAGAAUGUUCAAAAACAAUGAAAAUAUAGGAGUUGGCUAUCCAAAACAACCAAUGCAAAUACUAGCUACAAUAUGGUGUGGAGAUAGUUGGGCAACAGAUGGAGGAUUAACAAAGACCAAUUGGUCUUUUUCACCUUUCAAAGCUCAUUUUCAAGAUUUCAAAAUUGGUGGAUGCCCAAUAAUUAACUCAAAUACUAAUAAUUGCAAUUCACAAAAUUAUUGGUGGAACCAAAGAAAAUAUUGGAAGUUGAGUUCUACACAAAGAAAAUCAUAUGAUGAAUAUAGAGCCAAGUAUAAAACUUAUGAUUAUUGUGAUGAUAGGGCUAGAUUUCCUACUCCACCCCUAGAAUGUGUUUCAUAAAUAUGAUCAACAUAUAGAAAAAUGGUACUUUUGUAUAAACGUCAGUCAUUAUCUAUAAUAAUAUUAUAAUGAUCAA